AUUGAAUGCAUGAAUUAAUAACAUAUAAAUGCCAAAAACAAAAAUAAAGAAGAUAAUAUAAAUUGCCAUCAUUAAAAGAAGUGUCAAAGUUUAUCAGUGCAUAUAGGAAUACAAAAAAAAAAAGAAAAGUGAAAUGUAAACAAUUUGACAAUGAACGCGUAUUACUUAUCAGUAAAACAUAUUAAGAAGAAAAUAUUUGACAAAUCUUUUUACAAAACCUUAAAAAUUUAAUUAUUUAGUAAGCAUUUGCAUUUCAAUUAGAAGUGGACACUCAGUAUCUCUUAUAAAUCACAUUACAUUAUUUAUUGUGAUAGUCAUUUUGCUAAAGCUUUGAUUACAAAAUGCAAACCACAAUUCGCCGUUUUUUUACUAAAACAACAAAAACAACAUUUAGAAGACAACAAAUUGGAAGCUGCAAUACAAUACAAAAAAGUAAUUUGCGUGAAUUGGCAACUCCUGCAGUUUCGUUAAACUUCACGAGAUCGGCAGUAAAUUAUUCAGCGAAAAUGUCUGGUUCUGCUAAAAUACUGCAUUCAAAAUUAAGCGAAAUCGAUGAAGAACUUUUGACCAUCAUACAGGAGGAGAAGAAAAGACAAACUACUGGUUUGGAAUUGAUUGCUAGCGAGAAUUUCACUUCUUACUCUGUACUCGAAUGUUUGAGUUCCUGCUUACAUAAUAAAUAUUCAGAAGGUCUACCCGGAAAGAGAUAUUACGGUGGCAAUGAGUUUAUUGAUCAAAUAGAACGUCUCGCACAAAAACGUGCACUGGAAGCAUUCAAUUUAAAUCCAGAAGAAUGGGGUGUUAAUGUACAACCUUAUUCAGGGUCUCCAGCUAAUUUUGCUGUUUACACCGCAGUAUGUCAACCACAUGAUCGUAUUAUGGGUUUAGAUUUACCAGAUGGUGGUCAUUUAACACACGGUUUCAUGACGCCCAGUAAGAGAGUGUCUGCCACUUCAAUUUAUUUUGAGAGCAUGCCAUAUAAAGUAGAUCCUAUAAGUGGUCUGAUUGAUUACGACACACUAGAAAAUAAUGCUAAGCUAUUUAAACCAAAAGUCAUUAUUGCUGGUGUUUCUUGUUAUUCGCGUGUUUUGGAUUAUGCACGAUUCCGCAAGAUUUGUGAUGCCAACGAUUCUUAUCUAUUCUCUGAUAUGGCUCAUGUUGCUGGUCUAGUUGCAGCCGGUUUGAUACCAUCACCUUUCGAAUAUUCUGAUAUUGUUAGCACCACAACACAUAAAACUUUGCGUGGUCCACGUGCAGGCGUUAUUUUCUUCCGCAAAGGUGUACGCAAAGUUAAACCCAACGGCGAUAAAAUCAUGUAUGACCUAGAGGAACGCAUUAACAACGCAGUAUUCCCAUCUCUACAAGGAGGUCCACAUAAUAAUACUAUUGCUGGCAUUGCUACUGCCUUCAAACAGGCCAAAUCUCCUGAAUUUGUUGAAUACCAAAAGCAAGUUAUUGUCAAUUCACGUCGUCUCUGCGAGGCCUUACAAAAGCGUGGCUAUACCAUAGUCACCGGUGGCACUGAUGUGCAUUUAAUCUUAAUUGAUUUACGUAAUGUUGGUCUGACUGGUUCACGUGCUGAGCAUGUGCUUGAAGAAGUCAAUAUUGCUUGUAAUAAAAAUACUGUGCCCGGUGAUAAGUCUGCACUUAAUCCAUCUGGUAUACGUUUGGGUACACCAGCACUGACAACUCGUGGUCUUAUAGAAACAGAUAUUGAUGUCGUUGCUGAAUAUAUCGAUGGUGCCUUAAAGAUUUGUGCUGAAGCUGUUAAAAUUUCUGGACCGAAAUUGGCUGAUUUUCAUGAUGCUGUUAAAAAUAAUUCCGAUAUUUCAAAUAAAAUUGCAGCAUUGCGCAGCAAAGUUGAAAGCUUCAGCUCUAAAUUUCCACUGCCUGGCAUGGAAAAUCUAUAAAACAUAAUUAUAACUUUGUAUACGAAACGCUAUACUUAGCUUAAAUAUUCUAAUACUUUAUUUUUGAAAUAAAUAUUUCUAUUUUUUAAAUAACAUCAGA